AAAAACUAAAAUAAGGACAUACUGACCUGGCGGAACAUGUUCGAAACAUGUUGCAACUUGUACUUUCUCUUUUGCCUAAAGUGACGUCAUGAUUCGAACAUUCGGAACUUUUUCCGAAAGAACCGACCAAAAAAGCAGACGACACGGGAUUCCCCAAACAGCUGUUGGAUGUAAGUUAAGAAGAAAUUUUGUGAUUAGCUAGUUUGUAUGUUACUUAUGUUUCCCUUCAAGAUUACGAAAAAGGCGACGAUUGCAAAGGAAGAAACUACCAAAACCAAAACAACUUCUUUGACGGAUCGAGAUGCGAAUGACAGCUGCAAGGUUCAGGUUGUCAAAGACCGCGACAUGCACCAAGAUUUUCUAAGCUUAGUUGAUAAUUUUUGUCACAUGGAUGAAUUUGAAGAUUCCAAUGAACCACAUCGAGUGAAGAGACCACGUCUGGCACUUAUCGAAGAAAGGAUUCCCAUCUGUAAAUUCACUGGAACAGGGUUUUACUCCGAACACCAUGUUUCCACCCGGCAUCAUUUUGCAGUUAAAAGGACAGAGAUGCGCGCUUAUUUCAGACUAUUGGAAGAUGAUGUUAUUCAAGAUUUUCUACAGAGAGAUGCCUGUCAAAGAAUAUCAGACAAGUAUUUGCUUGCGAUGGUCUUUGCCUAUUUCAAAAGAGCGCAAAUGAAAACCAAGGAUUACUCAAGGAUGAAUUUCUUCCUAGCACUUUACCUAGCAAAUGACAUGGAGGAAGAUGAGGAGGAUGAUAAAUAUGAAAUCUUCCCCUGGGCUCUGGGCAACAAAUGGAAGGACAGGUUCCCUCGUUUUCUUAGGAAGAAGGAUCUGUUCUGGGCCAGGAUAUCUUACCGCGCUGUGGUCAGUCGGCGAUGCUGCGAAGAGAUAAUGGAUAUUUACCCAGAUCAUGCGUGUUGGAAAAGAAAUCGUCCGGCCCACCACAGUGGAGCCAUCAGGAGUUACGUGCGGGAAGCUGAGGGGGAUGACGGCUACCCCCGGGGUCCUAACGCCAGCCCCCGGCCCUGCGCCCUGUGUGAACCCUGUGACAGUCAGUACGACUCGGCCAGUCCGGACAGGGAGGAGUGGAUUCUGUCCAAUGACGACAUCUUUGACAAUUCCCAGGAGGAGUCAUCGUUUGAUAUGAAACCCUUGAAGAAAAAUUUACCUGACGAGAGUGAUGGACGAUCGGUUGCAGAGGAAUGAGUGUUGGGCCGUAUCAGAGAACUCUAACUUUCUUCUCUCUAUCCUCUGAAAUUGCUACAUUUACUUUUUGUUAUUUUAUGCAAUGACUCGAGGAAUUGUGAACUUCAGUGGAAGCUAUUCUGUGAUAUGUAAUGGUUGGUCAUGUAAUGAAAUGGUUUUAUAUUAAAU